CCACGUGUUAAUGUUGCAGGGCUUGCAAUUUUUGUCUCGAACGGAUUCGUCAUCUCAACCCAUAGACGAUCUUCGGAGAUAAGUGGGCGUUCAGUUCCCCUCUCUCUCCCUCCCUCCGUGGGUCAGCGUGGGCGGCCCCGUGUGGCAGGAGGAGAGCGAAACACGACACCCCGACAGAGGAGGGGGGUUGAGAGCACGAAGUGAGUGAGUGAGUGAGUGGAAAAAAGAAAAGUCUGUGCCGGAGAAAGAGGGAGAGAAAUCAGAGAGAAGCGGAGUUGGUACUUUUUUCCCUCCCUGUCGGAGCGCCCGCUGUUCUCAGUGUCGGUGUUAGUGGUGGUGGUGGUGAUGAUGAUGAUGAUGAUGAUGUGGAGGAGGAAUCGACCAUGCGACAUCGUUGUAACAAACGUCUUGAAAUUGUAGACGCGUUGCAUUCCGUUGCUCCAGGAUCGGCGGCGGCGCGGCUCUCCGAAACUUCGAGCUGCGCCAUUCAGAGCCGGGCGGCUGGAUUUCCCCCCGAAGCUCAGGGCAACUUUUCACCUCAGCCUCACUCUUAAAAAACACACACCAACAAAACAAAACACACUUGGGCGCAAAAGAGAAAAAAAAAAGUUAAGAGAACAUCGAAGAAGUGGAGAAAUGCGACAACCCGUGAGAAGUUAACGGCGACUUGAGAGAAGAAAAGCGCCGCUGCUGAAGUGAACGGGGAGUUUUUUUUUUUUUUUUUUCCCAAGCCACUUGUGAGAACAAACACCGGAGGAAGGAGUUGGGUGUCACGGCUAGCGUCAACUUCGCUAGCUAACUUGGCUACCAGACGAGCUAAAGUAGAGUCUGAAGUUACCAGCCGACGGGGAAAUUGACCGAACCGGCGCCAACAAAGUCAACCAAGAUGAAAACCCCGGGGGAUUCGGGGUUUGCCUUCCCGGAGUGGGCCUACAAACCCGAGUCGAGCCCCGGCUCCAGGCAGAUCCAGCUGUGGCACUUCAUCCUGGAGCUGCUGAGGAAAGAGGAGUACCAUGACGUCAUCGCCUGGCAGGGAGACUACGGAGAGUUUGUCAUCAAGGACCCGGACGAGGUGGCCCGGCUGUGGGGGGCCAGGAAGUGCAAACCACAGAUGAACUAUGACAAGCUCAGCCGAGCGCUAAGAUAUUACUACAACAAGAGGAUCCUCCACAAGACCAAGGGGAAGCGGUUCACCUACAAGUUCAACUUCAACAAACUAGUGCUGGUCAACUACCCCUUCAUUGACAUGGGCUCCGGUCGAGGUGUCCCACAGAGCGCCCCUCCCGUUCCAUCUGGAGGCACUCACUUCCGUUUCCCCCCCUCCACACCGUCAGAGGUCCUCUCACCCAAUGAGGAGCUGCGCAGCCCGGGCAUGUUCAGCAGCGUGGCCCGCCGCAUGGCCCGCGGCUCUGUCAGCGACUGCAGCGACGGCACCUCAACCAACUCGGAGCUGGAGGAGGCAGUAGGGGCCGAAGAGCGCGGCGUGGGGCCCGAGAGAGCUUUCAGGGGGCUUCUUCACCCCCGCCUGCCCCAUGAGUCUCUCUAUAGGGUCUAUGGUGGGGCACCGAACCCGGCGGGGCUACCCAGGCCCGCCCCCAGGGUCCACCCAGAGCCCCUCUCCCCAUUCCCCGUGUCUCCCCUGCCAGGCCCCGGCAGUCUGCUGGCCCCAACUCUUUCCCCAGCCCUGUCCAUGACUCCCACCUCCCACCUGCCUUACACCCCCUCCCCCUCUCUGUCCUCCCCCAUGCUGGGCUCGCACUUCUCCUUCAACCCGGAGGACAUGAAGCGCUACCUGCAGGCUCACACCCAGUCUGUCUACAACUACCACCUCAGCCCGCGAGCCUUCCUCCACUACCCCAACAUUGUCAUCCCCCAACCUCACCGCCCUGCUCCAGAGAAGAUGGGUUCCACAUCCGUGACCGGCCCAGCAGCUGCCCAUCACCUCCACGGCCCACCCCUGCCACUCUCCCAUUCGCUGAGCCAGCAGCAUGGAGGAGGGGAGGAGGGGCCGCAGGGCCAGCAACACCCAUUGCCGUUCAAGUUCAAGCUGCAGCCACCGCCUCUGGGGCGCAAGCAGAGGGAAGGAGAGAAAUUAUCAGCUGCUUCUGGUGGAGGAUCCUCCUCCAGUCAGUCCUCCUUCACUGGCUCUGGCCUGAUCACCAACUCUGCCUCUGUCAUGGCUCCUCCUAAGAUCAAGGUGGAGCCAAUAUCAGACAUUGAGUCGGAGGAGGAAGUGGAGGUGACCGACAUCAGCGAGGAGGAUGAGCUUAAUCACCACCACGACGAGGAUGACGAAGGUGACGUCUUCACCCCAACAGCUCAUCACCAUCAGCUCAACAGCCACCACCAUGCCAACGGGACCGGCCUCUCUGCCCGUCUUCACGCUCCUCCUCACAGCAACACUGACGAUGACCCGGAGGACGACGAGGACGUCUUCAAGACCCCCGCCACACCUCCUCUGGGGGGUGGUGUCACCCUGCCCUUCCCUCUGAUUGGCUUGAAGAGCGAGCCUGGACAGGGGCAAGGCUCUGCUCCCAUCAGCCCCGGAGGCACGCGCUGCAUCCCGCUGAAACUGCGCUUCAAACGCCGCUGGAGUGAAGACCAGAAGAUGGAGGCAGACGGAGAGAGGGACGAGGCAGAGGACAAGAAAGUGAGGGCAGAGGAGCACGAGGAGGUGGAGGCGAUGAAAGAGGAGGCUGGGAGAGGAGGCGAGGGGGUGGAGAACGGAGGCGGAGGCGUCAGCUUGGGGGUGGUGCUGCCUCCAGCGCCCACUCAGCGCAGAGCGAGCUCCGAGCUACAGAGAGCUACAGCACAGCUGUCUCUGGAAAACACAGGCUGCUGAGAUACACACACGUACACAUACCAGGGAUCCUACCUAAAUAGAAGCACACACCUCUGGGAUUCUUAUGACACACACACAGAGUACACACAUACAUGCACACACACACAGACAGACAGAAGUGCCUCUGUAGCCUCACAUUCACUGAGAGACAUGAUGCCUUUUUGACCUAGACACCUUAUCCAUCAUGAACGCAGCAGGCGGAGAAUUUCUGCUGUGACUGAAAACACUAACACAACCACACUUAGCCUACAAACUGAUCCUAUCUUCAGUCCUCUCUUUAACAUUGGUGCCCUACAGGUGAGGAGCCUAGAUUAGGGGGCUUAGUUUGGCCCCUGAGUCCCCUACAUCUCAUUGCACACUGCCUUUUCGAUGCCUCCUUGCCAUCUUAGUGCCAGUCGAGUCUCACAUCAGACCUGCGCUCCUUUUAUUUAAAACUCUGGGCUGUCUUUGGCUGCUGGUUUAUUUGUGUUGGAGCUUCUGGCACGAUGGAAUCAAUCACAUUGUCCUCUGGCAGCACAGAUCCAGUCUAUAUAUUGUAGUGCAGUCGCUGAAAUGAUUUUAAUGAACUUGUUGCCCGUGUCUGGCCUCCUUACCUUCCCCAUCCCCCUCUUCACCUCUGUCCUCCCCCUCUCCACACCAGACAGACAGAUCCUGAUGCUAUGAAAAAAAAAAAAGACAUUCAACAGCCCUGAUAGAGAUUACAGAAGUGCCUCUCUAUCUGCGCACCUCACUAUACAGCCGUUUACAAAGAUGGAGGACAGCGAGCAAAAUAAGACCUCUCACCUGCCAGUGGACCUUAUAGACUGAAGAGGGAUGUAGCGAAUUUUUUCCCCCCCUCCUCAUGAGCUGAUUACAGCCAACUCUCCAAUCACGGCCUUUUUCUCCAGGAAACAACUCAGACACUUUAGGGCUGUAUCAAGACUGGAGUGGUCUCUUCAUCAUUAGCGCCUCCUCAGCCUGUUUCUCCACAGUCUGUAAAGAUGUUUAAAUGAGGGUGGAUUUGACAUCAUGAGGACAGACAUACAAAGCCUAUGGAAGCAAGGAAAGUUUGGAUUUCACCUUAACUUUGCCAGAAGAAGUCCCAAGUUAAUACUUCUCCCCUCUGACCUCUGAUCUGUCAGUCAGAUUUUGUCAAACGAUCGAUUGACUGUCGCCGAGGUGCGGUAAGCGGACAGCCAGGAAAUGGAUGCGGUUUCCAUCACACAGCAAAACCAUCCAAGUCUUCGUGGAAAGCUCUGGGGAAGUGGAACCACCAGGAUCUGGCUCUGCUUUUUUUUUUUUUUCUUUCCCGAGCAGAUUUCGUGGAAUCGAGGAACACCCUGCAAGCGAAAACGCUGUAUUUAUGGACGCGUUUGUUGGUGACUGUUUGUGCGAAACACUGGGCCUUGAAAAAACUGUUGGGAGCACACAGUCGGAAUCUGCGCGCUCCCAGUUUUCUGUGACUUAGCACAAUCUUCAGAGGGUGGCUUUGGAGGUUUGAGGGCAUUGGUAGUGUUUCCUCAUCCAUAAAAAAAACAGCUCACUGCUCUUUUCUGCGUUCCCCGUGUUAAAAACUUAACUCUUUCUCUCUAAAGACGCUCGUGCCUCUUAAGGACAUGGACAGCAUCUUGGAAUCUGUUUUAAGGGCAUUUGCAGUGAUCUGAGGGUUUUCUUUGUUCUUUUUUUUUUUUUUUUCUUUUUUUAAAAGAUGAUAGCCUAUCUAAAUGUUUAUACGAUGUUUUUGAGAAGCCGAGAUUCAGCGAUUGAAAUGAACUGAUUUUGUCUAGGGAGACUGGGAACCAUGAAAUGAAUGUCGAGCAUCAAGGUUAACUCAGGCGAACCUUCAAUGAGAUGUUUAGCAGCAAGUUAUUAUGACAUUUAUUAUGACGUUUUAUUUGUGUAAGUUCAAAUCGAACCAUCGCGGCCAUUUUAAUGAACAAAGAAUUCCAAAUGAGAUUGUGCCUUUUUUAAACCAACAGAAGAGUUUGUCCAAUUACCCCCUGACAAAUAUCAUUACUCUAGCACACACACACACACACACACAGACAGACACACAUACAUACACACACAGUACCACCUUGCCUUCUGCUUUUGUAAAAGAGAGAUACAGAAUAAGUAGAACUACACAUAUAUAUUUUAUUCAAAUAUAUGAAUACAAAUAUUAUAUUUCAAUAUGGUAAUUUGAUACAAAUCAGGAAAAGCCUACUAUUUUUAAUGGUAAAGAUACAGAUAUAUAUAUAUAAAUAUAGUAUAUAUAUUCUAAUGGGCAUAUUAUUACCAGUAUAAUUCAGCCUUUGCCUUCUCACCCUUGCCUUUUUUUGACCGUUGAGCUGCAAUGACAGAGGCCACAGGUAUCAGAAUAUUAUAUUUAUAUUGUUAAAAAAAAAAAAGAAAAGAAAAAAACUAAAGAAAAAAUGCAAGUAUUGUGUGUUCAGGGGACGAAAGGUGUUACGGGACACGGAUAAACGACACGGGUCAAAUAAUAUUCACCCAAAUAUUCCAUAUGCAUUUGUUUUAACAUCUUUUGGGUGCCUGGUGGGCGGGGCUUAACCGCAUCAGCGCCCGUCAAUGAGUUUUAAGGCACAGAAAAUCAAAUUAAAUUGAUGUUUUAUUCACUUUCCUGAACAUGUCGGCGCGCCUGCGUGGUAAACCCCGCCCCUCGGGCACUCACUGCAGAUGGAAACAAACACUAAGAAUGAUUUGCUGCCACUGUUUGACCCAGAUGUGCUUCACAUGUGGAGGCGGAGGUUUCCAGCGGAGACCCGGUCGUGGACUCGUAUUCUAAUUGGACGGCAGAAUAGGGCUGGGUGAUAUGGACGGGGUCAAGUAUCGGGACAUUUUUGACCGAAUACCUCGAUAUCGUUGUUUUGAUGAUAUCGUUUAGAUGAGUAUCGGUGCUCUCAUUAGAUAUUUACACAAUGAUAUUUUUGAUAAACACUCAUUAGUCGUGUGAAUAUGAUGUCCAAACCAUAACAGAGCAGCUAAAACGCGUCUAAUAAGUUCAGAAAAUUCGUACCACAAUAUUACCAUAUCCAAAAUCCCAGACGGUUUCUAGUCUUGUGUCAUGAUAUUGAUUUGAUAUCGAUUAUAUCGCCCAGCCCUAAUAUCCAGCUCAGGACGGCAGCUGGCCAUGUGAACGGACUUUGUCUUUAGGCUUGGACUGUGGACUCGUGCAGCUUUGUUGAGCUCAAGUCUGCAUGGGUUGGACUGAACAUACACACCCAUACACACUCGCUCAAACAUGCACACACACAUUCACACACACACACACACAUACACAGAAGCCCUGGUCUGAGCGAGGCUUUGCUGUGGCAAGAAUAAAGGAGUAUGACAUCACACGUGACAUCAGACGCCCCCGCAGUCUCUCUGGAGUAGACGGCAUAACCAUAGAAACUACACACACACACACACACACACACACACACUCACACUUACACACAGAGGAAAUGGCAUCACAAAACCUCAGAGUGGAGAGAGGGACUUCCCAUAAUCUGAGCUGUUGAUUCUUCUUGGUGUGUGUGUGUGUGUGUGCUUGUGUGUAUGUGUGGUUUCUAUGGUUAUGCCGUCCACGCACACAUACACACAAAGCUGUUUCAGCACAGCCUCGAGAAGGUUGGCCAAAUAAAGCCUUGGCCAGAGUUGUUCAGUCUUAGUUUUCUUGUCCAGAUUGUCCAACCAGCUCCAGUCUCUUGUGUUUCCUAAAGGCAAACGGUGGCAUUUUGAAUUUCAGUUGCUUGUUCUUCUUCUCUUAGCUAAAAGAAAAAAAAAACUACAUCUGUCCUUCCACAUCCUUAAACUGUAUUAUUAACAUUGUUCAUUAAAAAAAAAAAGUUUCCCUCACUUGUUUUUUUCAGUUUCACUGGGGAACAAAGCAUUUUAGGGAAGGUGGAGGACAAACGUAAUCUGCUAAAGAAAAAGACUGACUAAAAUUGAAAAUGUCACGCUGUACUUUAACUAUUCCACCUGUGCUGCCUUGCCUGUUGUGGCUUCAAGACAAAAAAUAAAAAAAUAAAAAGAAAGAAAGAAAUAAAACACAAAAAACAAGAAAGGAACUUUUGUUUCCCUCACCAUGUUGAUAUUUUCUCCCCUCGGUCUCAUUGCUGUUUUUAUCCUUUUUCUUCUGUAUUUUUCGAGACAUAUUACCGUUACUCUUGUAAUUAUUAUAUUAUUAACAUAACUAUUUUUGAUUACUUUGUACCCUCAAGCCAAGGGCCCGCCUCUUCUCCAUGAAUUUCUUGUUCUGUCUUUUUUGCGGUCUGCACUCUUCCCCAUGUAGUUAGACUAGUCAGCUUUUUUUUUUUUUUUUAAUCCCUGACACCACGCUGAUUGAUUUUGUAACCAUGUUACCAUGGA